GUACUGGUUCUUCUUCCUUCAGUAUAUCAUCACUGCAUGUGUAAGCGCAUAUAUAUACACAAAUAGAGAAUGGCCAUUACAUCUUCAACAAAUAAUGAAGUCAGCUUUCUCAAAACCUGCAUUAAUGGCAUCAAUGCUUUAUCUGGUAUUGGCAUUCUAUCAGUCCCAUAUGCACUCUCAUCAGGAGGCUGGUUAAGCUUAAUCCUCCUCCUCUUAAUUGCUGCUUCGGCAUGCUUCACUGCGCUUCUAAUCCGACGUUGCAUGGAUUCAGACCCAUCAAUCACAAGCUACCCUGACAUAGCUGCCAUUGCCUUUGGUAGAAAAGGAAGAAUCACAGCUUCAAUUUUCAUCUGUUUAGAGCUCUACCUUGUGGCCACAGGCCUUCUAAUACUAGAAGGUGACAAUUUACACAAGUUGGCCCCAAACUUUGCCUUAAAGUUUGGAGGUCUCAAAUUAGAUGGGAAGCAUUCAUUUGUUAUUAUUGCAGGGGUUAUGAUCUUACUGAUUUGGGUGUUUUAUCGUAUAUUUCAUUUGGGGGAGUGA